GUUCCCGAAUUGAAAAUUCUCGAUCUUGAGGUAACUAGUAUCGACGUAGAUAUUGCAGUACCAAAAGAUUAUGCCGAAAGAUUGAUGUCUUUCUAUGCAAAUUGCUUAGUACAAAAAUCACUUGGUCAAUAUGGAGAUUCAUUUUUUUCAAUGUUACGCCUUAUACCAAUCGAUAAAUCCGAUGAACCAAAAUAUAGAGUUACUUUUGGAUAUAGUUAUCCAACAAAUCUUGAUAUUAAAGAAAAUAUAAAAAUUGAUGAUAAUGAUCCAAAAUCUGUUAUAAACCAUGCAAUGUUAAGAAUUAAACAAUUACGAUCACCUUGUGAAUUAACAGAUUUAAUGAUUAAAAUAUUAUCAUUGGUUCCAUUAUCCGAACCAGAUGACAAUUAUCCAUUUAAAACAUAUAAUCCUCCACGACGUCGUCAACUUCGUGAUAUUAAUCCAUUAUCUGUUCCUCCAUGGAAAGAUGAUAGAAUCGUUUUAUUAGGUGAUGCUGCUCAUGCUAUGAAUCCACUGUUAGGAUUAGGUGUAAAUAAUGCAUUACAAGAUGCCGACUUAUUGACCAAGGAAUUACUUAAUUAUGAGAACGACAAUUUAACCUCAUGCAUUAAACGAUAUAAUGAACAAAUGCGAGCUCGAUCAUCUAAAGAUGUUAUAGCAUCACGUAGCAUAGUAAUAAAACAACGAGACCCGGUGGGAACU